UGAAGGACUCCAGUCCCUCCUUCUAAACAAUCGGCGAUGGUUCUCCUGGAGCAGUAGAUAGUGGGGAGCGAAAGCCAGGGAAACACCCAAUACUGAAAUGACCCAAAGUCCAGCGUGCACUGUGGAUUAAAACGGAAACUUUUUGUGAUGGCUGUUAUUAUGAGAAAGUAACCGAAAUAUCAACAGGAGACCUUGCGGUAGCUACUGAUGCACUCGCACAGCUAUGACCGAGCCGAACGGCAGCGUACCUGGCUCCUGUCGUAACUCCUCACUGUUUUAAUAGAACCGCUUUGCGUAGACAUUUUAACACGUCCAUUCGCUUUUAAUUUCAGUCGCUAUUAGGCAGCUUCAGUUUCACAUCUGAGAAUUAUGGCAGGGAAGAUGAGCGCACAGGGCACUGGUGUAUUGCUCGUAACAGCCAACGUUGGAUCGCUGUUUGAAGACCCAGAAAACCUACAGAAGACAUGGCUGCGAGAGUUUUACCAGGCUGUUCAUACCUAUAAGCCCCAUUUCAUUGCAAUACAUUGUCAAGAGGUGGGCGGAAAGAACUAUGAAGAGUCCAUGACACAUGUGGACAACUUUGUCAAAGAGCUGCUGUCCAGCGAUGCCAUGAAGGAAUACAAUAAAGCCCGCAUCUACCUCGACGAGAACUACAAAUCCCAGGAGCAUUUCACGGCACUUGGAAAUUGCUAUUUCAUGCACGAAACCUUGAAAAACGUCCAGCAGUUUGAUUUUAAAGCUAAGAAAUACAAGAAAGUGAUUGGGAAAGAGAUCUACUCAGACACACUAGAAAGUACUUCAAUGGUGGAAAAAGAGAAAUUCCCACAGGAAUAUUUCCCCGAGUGCAAGUGGUCCAGGAAAGGUUUCAUCAGGACCAGAUGGACUUUGGCUGAAUGCACUUUCGACCUGGUGAACAUUCAUCUUUUCCAUGAUGCAUCAAACCUUGUGGCUUGGGAGAAGAGUCCGUCUGUGUAUUCCGGAACACGACAGAAGGCCCUUGGCUAUGUUCUUGACAGGAUUUCAGACCAGCGGUAUGAAAGAGUGCCGUAUUUUGUCUUUGGGGAUUUUAACUUCAGGCUGGAUUCAAAGCAAGUUAUUGAGAGGUUAUGCUCCUCGGCCACUAUGCAGACUGUCAGAGCUGCUGACACCAACGAAGUAGACAAGUUAAUAUUCAGAGAGGUGGACAAUGAUCGAAAGGUUGUACUUCAACUCGAAAAGAAGCUUUUUAAUUAUAUUAAUCAAGAUGUUUUCCGGGAAAACAAUGGAACACAGCUUUUAGAGUUUGACAAAGAGCUGUCUGUGUAUAAGGAAAGGCUGCACGAACUGGAGAUCUCAUUUCCUCCGAGUUACCCAUACAGUGAAGAUGUCAGUGAGGGAAAGCAGUACAUGAACACCCGGUGCCCUGCCUGGUGUGACCGUAUCCUGAUGUCCGCCUCAGCCAAGGAUUUGGUUUUAAAGCCUGAAAAUGAGGACAAAGCUGUGAACUAUGAUAAUAUAGGGCCUAACGUCUGUAUGGGGGACCAUAAGCCUGUCUUCCUGUCAUUUCGAAUAACAGCAGGGGCAGGUAAACCUAAUGCAAAUAAGCACAAGUGUUGUGUCGUGCAGUGAUGUUGUGCGUGCUUUCAAUUUUGCAGGUAAGCGGUGCCAAAGGGUCGAGAAGAUUUUUCAAGAAACCGACCUCUAAGAACAAUAUCAAUAUAAAAAACAUGUACAGACUUUGCUGCCGAGUCCUUAAAUCCACAUCCAUAGACUGCAGUUGGUUCACAGUGCUUCAGACAUCUGGACCGUGCUCAAGAAUCACUUAAAACAUUGGACUGUGUUCAAGAAAUGCUUAAAAUAUUGGACUGUGCUCGAGAAAUGCUUAAAAUAUUGGACUGUGCUCAAGAAAAUCCCUCACUUACCUCACCCGUCAUCAUCUUCCCCGUAACGGAGCCCGAAAUAUGGACAAUUAUUUUACACAUCACAGGUUUGUUGCCAAAACUCUAAUUGAAAAUACUACAUAUUUUAGAUACCAUAUUUACAUUUUAUAGAAAUGCCUCUACAUAGAAGAUACUUCCAUACAGUAUGUAAGAUGUUAAAAAAGUAAAGUGCAAUGCAAAAAACUUGUAUAUCUAUAUUGGUAGAUUUAUUUGUACAUUUAUUGUAUAUGUAGAUGUAUUGAUGGUUUUAUUGCCUUUUUUUUACCACGACUUUGUGGUCUCAUUCCUAGAAUAGAUAGUUAUUUUCAUUUCAUUGAUUUUGUUAUUGCUGAUUUGGGUGGAUAUUACACACAGCCAUGCCUCACAGUCAUCAGCUACUUUUCAUUUUCUAUACUUAAAUUAAGGAUAAUUUUAAAUUCGUACCAACAUUCAAUGUUGAAAUAGGGAUAUCUUACAAUUUGUUGGGUUGGAUCUUGUUUCAGGUGCCCUAUCAGGCAUUUAAGACCUUUAAAUCUAGCAGUUUUAGAUUAUUCAGCGAACCUGAUUUAUAUAGCCUGUAAAAGGUAUUUUAAGCAAUGCCAUAGAUCAUUCAAGUAUAUAAGAUGCUGUUUAUCACAUAUAGUAGUCUCACUUUAUUCUUAUUCUAACUUAUUUCUACAUAAUAUUAUGGCUCUGAAUGUGAUGUUUUUAGGCUUGGGUAUCUUAAACUGUACACUUUUUUUUUCCUGUUUUUGUUACUGCAUUUCGGUGCCAAGUAUUGUAUACUUAAAUAAGAACAUUGUGAAAGACAAACUUAAAACAGUUUAAUCCAACAGUAGCUAAAGAUGUGCAGUUAUAAAUUGUAUAUAUUCUAAUUGCAGAAAAAAUUGCUUUUUAAUUCUGUAUGUAGCCGUCUGCAACAUUCAAAGCUAUGUUGCAACUAAUUACUCUUAGCUCAUUACAGCAUUAAACUGCGAUUAAGAAGUUUAUUGAUGAAACAUAAACGUUUAGUUUAUUGAUUUAAUUUAGUACACUACAGAGUUCACAAAUUGUGUGAAACCGUCAUUGAUUCUUCAUCAAAAUUACUACAAGUGGAAAUAAUUUUGUGCCUGCCUCAGAAUUGGUGUCGUCUUGACAGUGUGAUUUGGUUCUAGACAAAACUGCUUGUAAACGUUUUUUGCAGGUCACGUGAUAGCGUGGAAAUGGCCGCGUUAUAAUCGCAUUUUUUUUUCUUCAAGCAAAUAGAGAUUCUACCCCGUAAACUACAUGGCCUUUAGAGUUGGUUAUGUGGCUCUGAAGCAAUAAAAUUAUUAGAAUUCAAA